CCAGCCGGGAGCCUGGGCGGAGUUCAUGGCCACGUUAGCCCGGCUGCAGGCUCGCUCGGGGUUUGUAGGAAACCAGUACUACUUUAGGAACAGUGUUGUGGAUGCAUUUAGAAAAAAAGAGAAUCAUGCAGCAGUUAAAAUCCAGAGCUGGUUUAGGGGCUGUCAAGUCCGGGCAUAUAUCAGGCAUUUACACAGAAUAGCGACAAUUAUUCAAAAAUGGUGGCGAGGUUACUUAGGCAGAAAACACUACCAACUUCUUGUGGAGGUAGCAUAUUAUACUAUGAAGAUGGAUCUCUACAAUGCAAUGGCUGUCAGGAUUCAGAGACGAUGGCGCGCCUAUAAAGUUCGGAAAUACUGCUUUAAUUAUUUUUGUUUUAAAGAAUACUUGCAAGCUGUUUCAGAAGCCAAUGAUACAAUUAGGGAGGUACUGCAGGAGUUUGCAGAGAUUCAGGAAAGCGAAGAGAAGAAGGCUAAGCUGGAACGGGAAGAGAAGCAAAGAGAAAAGGAAGCCCGAAAGAUGCACCACCUCCUCAGCACAAAGCAGAUUCCAGGUAUAUACAACUCACCGUUCAGAAAAGAACCGGAUCCUUGGGAGCUGCAGCUGCAGAAGGCAAAGCCUUUGGUUUCCCGGAGACGGAGAGUUGGGCCAAAGCCCAGUGCUGGCCUGGCCAACUGGCUGGCCUGCACCAGUGCUCGUUCAUUCCCUCAGUCGGAUAUCCUGCCUCCUAUUGAUAGGAAGCCCUGUCAGGGGCCCUUCCGAAAUAUCAGUGAAGUGUUAGAGCAGCGCUACAAGCCUUUGGAGCCCACGCUGCGAGUGGCACAGCCAGUGGAUGAGAUAAAGCGGGCCAGGGAGGAGUUCCGGAGACAGGAAUGGGUGCGAAACAUCACCGACAAAAUGUUUCUUCCAUUUUCUUCCUACCAUAAGAAAGAAAAGUACAUGCCGUCAAUGCUGUCCUCCAGCAAGUACGAUCCCAGUUCCUGUGGAAAACAAGACUUUCGGAGUGAAGACCCUAGGAAAUGGAUCUGUGACAAGGAUUUCCAAACUGUGCUCCCAUCAUUUGAUCUCUUCUCAAAGUAUGGAAAAUUAUAUUCAAAAGCUGGACAGAUUGUAUAAAGGGAGAGACUCUUCUCUGAAAUUCCUUUUCUACCUAAAGACUGAAUCCACCAAGAAGGAAGCCAUUGACUGUUGAUCCCACCCUGAGAUUCCAUUGGGCCGAGAAGCUUAAACUCACAUCUCAGGAAUACUGAGGAAUUUCACCACAUCUAGACACACUUUAUCACAAGCUCUUCUGUUCUUCAGUCCAUUCAGCCUCCAGAGAGAAUCAUUCACAAACUAUUGUACAUUCUUUGGGCCCACUGAUUCCUCUAAAAAGCUUUUAUGACCCCUUGAAAUGGCCUACUCCUCUCCCUUCUCUCAGUUCCACAUGAGAAUGGAUAGUAAGUUUCCGAAUCUCUUUGGACUUCUGAGUGUCCAUCCUGCUGUGAUGCCCCAUGCACAUUAAUUUAUGUCUUUUCUCCUAUUAAUCUGUCCAUUGUCAGUUCAUUUCAGUAUACCUGCAGUGGACAGAGGGACUAUUUCCCUCACCCCCACACAGGCUUGAUGAUGGGAAAAUAAUUACAGAUUACAUGCUGUUAUACUUUGAAGGGGAGCAAUUAUAUGAGCUCUAAUACUUUUAAAAAGUUACUCUGUAAAGAUUCACGGAAUCCAGUAUAUGUCAGUCAGGGUCUAAACAAGACACAAAACCACACAGUUAUUUGAACAAGGAAAGUGCAGAGAGUGCAAAGAAUUGAUGCAAUGAAUCAGUAAGUUUAACAGAAGGUAGGCUGGCCAAGAGAUCAGCUUGUAAGUUCUGCAGGGAAA